AUGCCUUCCAGAACACUACUCACCACCCUGCUGGUCCUGGCGUCGGCGAUCCUCUCAACCAGGGCCCAUCCCAAGGCCCGGGAGGAAGAGCUCAAGGAAACGAAGAGAAAGCCCGUCAAUGAUACUUAUGAUGAUCUCCUAGAAAGUGCGCUGGCUGAGAUUAGUAUACCAGAAAAGGUGGAGACGCCUGCAGAACUCAAUGAGGAGAGCAUAGCGGUUCUGAGGCCUGCAUCACCUAGGUGGUGGAGAAAGUUCCGUGAAAGAAUCCGUUUGACCGCCAGGCGAAUUGAGAGGACCGCCAGACGGACCUGGGAUAACCUGAAACCCUUUUUGCCCUUAAUUUUACGCUCCUUGCUUCCUGCACCCGCUGCCUAA